UUCCUUUCCCCGUUUGUGACGCUCCACGCCGCCAUAUUAUUCCAAUUACCUUUUCCACGUUGGUGCGUUCCCAGUUGAUUCCUCUCCAACCCAUUUCUCUCAAUAAAAACCCUCCCAACACACUUGCAUUCCAUUCACCCAUACUUACUCUCUCCACAUACCAACCUCACUCCCUCCAAACUUGUCAUUUUGACAUGUUGGGCAAAAGCUCUAAACAAAUUGCGGUCACAUAUCAUCACGGAAGAGAAGUUGUGACCAAAGAUAUACCCAAAGGGUGUUUGGCAAUCAAGGUGGGUCAAGGCGAAGAACAACAGAGAAUUACUGUACCCGUGAAUUACCUCAACCACCCACUCUUUGCUCAGCUUCUUAAGGAGGCUGAGGAAGAGUAUGGUUUUGCUCAGCAGGGAACCAUAAUCAUCCCUUGUCAAGUGGCCCAGUUUAAGAACGUUCAACACUUGAUCGAUAGGGAGAGGUCCCUUCACCACCACCACCUCGUGGGUUGCUUCAGAGCUUGAUCUCAACAACAUAUAUGUAUAUUUCGUUAGUUUCUCUCUUCUUCCAUAU